CCAAUAAGUGCAGGGGAUCGCCGUAUAUACAUCCUUGGCGAUCGGAAUUCAGCCGACAUGCUCGAUUAUUCCUAGGGUCUCCGCUCAUCGUACACCUACUCGGAUCCAUCCAACAAAGGGGAGCGGGGGAAAAAAAAAAAGGAAAAAACCCUUGGAAGGAUGAUGGACAAUUUCGAGGAGGGCAGCUCGAGGCGCAGUAGACAACGAAGCGGAAAGCCAUCAUCGGCGGUGGCCUCGGCAAAGGUCGGACGCAACACCGUCAACUCGAGGGAGCGCACCCUCCGGAGACUCGAGAGCAACGAGCGCGAACGGAUGCGCAUGCACGAUCUCAACGACGCCUUUCAGUCGCUGCGCGAGGUGAUACCGCACGUGUCGAGGGAGCGCAGGCUGUCGAAAAUCGAGACCCUCACCCUGGCGAAGAAUUACAUAGUCGCCCUGACCGACGUCAUCUGCAGGAUGCGGCGACAGGAUGGCGCUGAGACGGUCGCGGCCCACCAGCAGCAACAGCUCGUCUCGACCACCAAGGCCAGCGACGAAGACGACGAGGAGGAGCUUUUGUCGUCCGCGAGACGUAGUGGUGAGUCGGUGGAAGUGUCAAAAGUACUUUUUUGUUUUUGUUUUUCAUCAACGAUUUGUCGUAAAUUAUCCAUUAUCAUCUGGAAAACAAGUUUUACCACAGUGGAUACUCGAUCGCGUUGCUCCCUCGUUGGGCUACAUAUUAUGUUAUAA